UUCAUCCCAUUUUAUCAUAUCAUCCUUCAAGAACACAAAAGCUAAUAUACGUACACACACAAACAAAAAGAUGUGUUCCUCAAAGUUAAAGAACCUGACCCAAGAAAACAUUUCUCAGAUCAAUGGUCGUCAAGUUCUUCAACCGAAAUCGAACCAAGUCCCAACAUUAGACCGACGUAACUCACUCAAGAAGUCUCCUCCUAGUCCCAAGCCUUUGAAUUCACUUGCUUCAAAGAUACCUUCACCAAGACCAAUUUCUCUAAUAUCUCCUCCUUUGUCUCCUAACUCAAAAUCCUUGAGAUCAAAACCGGCUGGUUCUUGCAAGGAACUACUUAGGUCUAGCUCUCAAAAGUCUAGACCGGUGAGAUCGCCAGAGAACAGUGAUGGUGGUUGCUACAAAGAGGUUGUUUCCAUGGCGAUUGUUCAGAAGCAGCCUGGAAGUAUUGCAGCUGCAAGAAGAGAAGAGGUUGCAAUGAAACAAGAAGAGAGAAAGAAGAAAAUAUCUCAUUACGGUAGGAUCAAAUCCGUAAAAUCGAAUGAAAAGAACUUAAAUCUCGAUCAAGAGGAGAAGAAGAAGAGGUGCAGUUUCAUCACUACAAGUUCAGAUCCAAUUUAUGUCGCUUACCAUGACCAAGAAUGGGGAGUUCCAGUUCAUGAUGACAAGCUACUAUUUGAGCUUUUGGUGUUAACCGGAGCACAAGUCGGAUCAGAUUGGACUUCGGUUUUAAAGAGAAGAAACACUUUAAGAGAGGCUUUCUGUAAUUUCGAAGCAGAGUUGGUAGCAGACUUCAAUGAAAAGAAGAUACAAUCAAUAGUCAACGACUAUGGCAUUGACCUUAGCCAAGUUCUUGCAAUUGUUGACAACUCUAAACAAAUUCUCAAGGUUAAAAGAGAUUUAGGAUCAUUCAACAAAUACAUUUGGGGUUUUAUGAAACACAAACCGGUCACAACAAAAUACACAUCAUGCCAAAAGAUCCCGGUUAAGACAUCGAAAUCAGAGACCAUAAGCAAAGACAUGGUUCGUCGUGGGUUUAGAUUCGUUGGUCCGACGGUUAUACAUUCUUUAAUGCAAGCCGCCGGUUUAACCAACGACCACUUGGUCACUUGUCCGAGGCAUCACGAGUGUACGGCCAUGGCGGCUUUAUAGGCAAAAGAAAAGUUCAUUGUUGUUGUUGUUGUUGUCGUCACAUUGGCUUUAGUUUUUAUGUAAUUAAAAUAAUAUUGAUGUGUUAUUUUAUUUUGAUUUUGUCAACAUUGUUAUAGUGUACUAUAUAUAUCUACUACCAUGUGAUAUUUAGGUUUGAGGUCCUAACUUUAGGUAUUGAUAUUUUUUGUACAAAAGCUUUUGUGUGUAUGUGUAUGUGAUUUUGUGUUGAAUUUUAAUAUAUAUGAGUGUUGGUAUAUUUAUUUUUAGUUC